CGACAUAUUGUUUGUGAGGAGCAAUUUGUUGAAGGAGCGAAGCUUCUGUCCUUUUUGGUCCUUACAGGCCGACAAAAGCAACUUUUCUAUAAAGACAGCGAGAUGGAGCCAUCUGCCAGUCCAGCGAAGGAUAACUACAGAAUGAACCGCUAUAAGAACAAAGCACUUAAUCUUGAGGAGAUGCGCCGAAGACGAGAAGAGGAGGGUAUUCAGUUGAGGAAACAGAAAAGAGAACAGCAACUGUUUAAAAGGAGAAAUGUGGAGUUGUUGAACGAGGAAGGGGGCAUGUUUGACAGCCCACUCAUGGACUCCUAUGUCAGCUCUACCACAGUGCAGGAAGGCGUCAUUACAAGAGACAUGGUGGAAAUGCUCUUUUCAGAUGACCCUGAGCUGCAGCUGGCUACAACACAGAAAUUCAGAAAACUACUGUCCAAAGAACCAAACCCACCCAUUGAUGAGGUCAUCAGCACACCAGGAGUGGUAAACAGAUUUGUGGAGUUCCUUGAAAAAAGCACUGAUUGCACAUUGCAGUUUGAGGCUGCAUGGGCUCUGACCAACAUCGCCUCCGGAACAUCUCAGCAGACAAAGUAUGUGAUCGAGGCAGGUGCCGUGCCUGUGUUCAUCCAGCUCCUCAACUCUGAAUAUGAAGAUGUCCAAGAACAGGCUGUAUGGGCUUUAGGCAACAUUGCAGGAGACAGUGCUGUAUGCAGGGACUUCGUUCUGAACUGCAAUAUACUUCCGCCACUAUUAACGUUGCUGACCAAAUCAACUCGCCUCACAAUGACCAGGAAUGCUGUAUGGGCCCUGUCUAAUCUAUGCAGAGGCAAAAGUCCACCACCAGACUUUGAAAAGGUAUCUCCAUGCCUGCCAGUGCUGUCCCGCCUGCUGUUUAGCAGUGAUCCUGACCUGCUGGCUGAUGCAUGCUGGGCCUUAUCCUACCUCUCAGAUGGACCCAAUGAGAAAAUCCAGGCUGUGAUUGACUCAGGAGUCUGCAGGAGGCUGGUAGAGCUUCUCAUGCACUCAGAUUACAAAGUGGCUUCUCCAGCACUGAGGGCUGUAGGAAACAUAGUCACUGGAGAUGACAUUCAGACACAGGUGGUGCUGAACUGUUCUGCUCUCCCCUGUCUGCUGCACCUGCUCAGCAGUGCCAAGGAGUCCAUCAGGAAGGAGGCGUGCUGGACCAUCUCCAACAUCACAGCAGGAAACCGAGCACAGAUACAGACGGUAAUAGAUGCAAACAUCUUCCCUGUACUGAUCGAAAUCCUCCAGAAAGCAGAGUUCCGCACCAGAAAAGAGGCAGCAUGGGCCAUUACUAAUGCAACAUCAGGAGGCACACCUGAACAGAUCCGUUAUCUGGUGAAUCUGGGCUGCAUUAAGCCCCUAUGUGACCUGUUGACAGUGAUGGACUCCAAAAUUGUGCAGGUAGCUUUGAAUGGACUGGAGAAUAUUCUGAGACUUGGAGAGCAGGAGGCCAAACAGAACGGAAGCGGCAUCAACCCUUACUGCAGUCUCAUAGAGGAGGCCUAUGGCUUGGACAAAAUUGAGUUUCUCCAGAGUCACGAGAAUCAAGAGAUCUACCAGAAAGCCUUUGAUCUCAUUGAGCACUACUUUGGUGUGGAGGAGGAGGAUGCUACUCUGGUGCCACAGGUGGAUGAGAACCAGCAGCAGUACCUUUUUCCUCAGCAGGAGGCCCCCAUGGAGGGCUUUCAGCUCUAAUCAACCUUCCAACACUUCUUCAGUCUCCCUUAGAGCAUCCCUAACUUUCCCGUCCCAGUACCUGUACUGCAGGCUGUAUCAGAUCUGCUCACAGCACAGCCAGACAAGCAUGACUGUGGCCCAUGCAGAUUUAUUUAGACACAUUGAGAAAAAAAUGUGCUUCUUGCAGAAGGACAUUACCACUGUUGUCACACAUGGAAGACUUCAGGAACUGGAGUUUUAUUUAAUUUUAUUCUGUCUUAAUUUGCCCUUUAAAUAGUGUGGCUCUGAAACUGCCCCCCUCCCCGCUGGCUGAAAAUUGAUGGCAUUGCCAAAUUGGUUUGGAAAGGAUGCUUUUUUUUUUUUUUUUUCUCUCUCUUUCUUCUUCAUAUUUCUUCUCUCUGAAUAUAGCAGUCACUGGGCGUGCAUUCCCAACACACCUUGAUAAAUUUGGUAAAUGUAUUUUCUUUGCCUAUUUGUGUAAUACCACCAUAGUAAUACAAUCAAUGCAGUCAAUUAGCACACCUUUCAUCAGAUAAUGAAGACAUUUAGAUACACCUGCAUUCUUUCAUUGCUCAUUCUAGUAGCAAAACGAUACUGGUUGCUUUAUAAGCUGUGCUUCUUAGACACGGUUUUGUAAUAUCGGAGGUUGUUUCUUUUUGAAAGAUUUCGCACUUUUCAGAGGCUUUAGGGAACAUGCUUUAGUUCUUUUUAGUACUAACUUACUUUGUCAUUACACUUGGGUUUGGAAGUUCAAGGAGCUGGAUGGUUGUGCUGAAAUAGUACAUCAGGAAGUGUUCAAAUACAUGAGAUAGGAUGACUAUAUCCAGGCUAAUGGUGAUAGAGGCAGAAUUAUUAGAUGUCUGUUUGUGGCUUGUGGUGUUAUGAAUAGUUGAAAUACGCUGUGACUUAAUUGCUGCGAAAUGUAUGACUAGCACAGAGCUGAGGGAUGGGGUUUUCACUAGGCUACAGCCCCAAGUUUUGCAAGCUAGCCUGGGUUGCAUUUUUGUGUAUUUUAGAUAUGCACAGACACCUGUUUGGACUGCUUUCAUAAAUUUGAGUUUUGCUUUCUUUGUUGGGACAUAGAUUUAAUAAUUGCUGUGCAAAUAGCUGGUGCAGACAGUGUUAAGAUCAGUGUGUGGAUAGCCCUCAGUUGGUGCAUGUUAGGCUUUUGCAUGGUUUUAUUAUUCUAUCCACUGUCUUGGUGUAUCCCUUGCCAAAUCCAGAGGGCUCCCACCCACUGCUAUUAUGUAAUGUUGAUUAAUCAGCUGCUAUCGACAUUUCCUUCACAGGUAUAGCCUAUAAAUAGGAAAAAAGGGCAAUAGUUUGCUUUUUCACAAAAUUUCUUCACCAGCUUUGGUUGUCAUUUAGUUUAUAAAAGUACCUUGUAACCUUUAAUUAUUUAUUUACAUUUUGUUUACAAUUACUUACAUGAGCAAUAAUUUGCAGGUCUUAAAGGUAUGGCAAGGGAUACAUUUGUAAAUCAUGACUAACCUAACAAACAUGU